CUUCUCAGUCUAUCGAAUUCAAUGGUGUUCAGAGCCCUGUAAAAUCUCCACAAUAAGUCUCAAACUUUCUCUUCAGUUCAAUGCCAAAGCCUCUCUAUCAGUUUUUCUCCAGUUGAAAGUUUCCAUUUUGGGCAAUGGCUCUGUUCUUAAGCGGUAAAGUUGCAGUCUUUUUGCCUCUCAAAGUUAACCCCAACCCAGGUCUCAGCUCACUCGAUUCUUUAAAGCAUGGUAGCAGUAACGUACAGCUUCAAUUAAAUUCUAGAGUUCCAUCAAAGAAACUGCAUCAACCAUAUGCCUUGGUUGUUAGAAACGAUCACCCGCAAAAUGCAGAUUUUCCUCGUCCCUAUUCAAAGAGGGAAAAAAAGCCAUUUCCAGUUCCUGUAUUGGAGCUUAGGCGAAGAGCUAGAGAGAGGGCCAAAAAUCGGAAUAACCAACCCAGAAGACCCAUUCCACCUCCAAAAAGAGGGUUGCUGGUUAAACACCUAAUACCAGUCGCUUAUGAUGUGCUAAAUGCAAGGAUUACGCUAAUCAACAAUCUCAAGAAGCUCUUGAAAGUAGUGCCAGUGCAUGCGUGCUUAUUCUGUACUGAAAUCCAUGUGGGACCCGUUGGUCAUACUUUCAAGUCAUGCAAAGGCUCAAAAGCUACACUUCGCAAGGGUCUUCAUGAGUGGACGAAUGCAGCCCUUGAAGAUGUACUCUUACCGGUUGAAGCAUACCACCUUUUUGACCGCUUACAAAAUCGUAUUCGUCAUGAUGAGAGGUUCACGAUUCCCAGAAUUCCUGCAGUGACUGAACUUUGCAUUCAGGCUGGUGUAGAGAUUCCAGAAAUUCCAACAAAAAGGAGAAGAAAGCCAAUCAUUCGCAUAGCAAAACGAGAAUUUGUUGACGCUGAUGAAAGUGAACUACCGGAUCCUAGUCCUCCGGUUCCCUUGAAACCAAUAUUAACUGAAAUUCCUAAUUCUGAAAUAGUGGCCCCAUCUGAUAAAGAAGAGAUAAUUUUGCUUGCAGAGGAAACACUCCAAGCAUGGGAAAAGAUGAGGGCAGGAGCCAAGAAGCUGAUGAUGAUGUACCAAGUGAGGGUUUGUGGAUAUUGCCCAGAGGUGCAUGUGGGACCUUCCGGGCACAAGGCACAGAACUGUGGAGCGUUCAAGCACCAGCAGCGAAAUGGGCAACAUGGUUGGCAAGCGGCAGUUCUUGAUGACUUGAUACCGCCAAGAUAUGUCUGGCAUCUUCCUGAUGUCAAUGGGCCACCACUGCAGCGGGAGUUGAGGAGCUUCUAUGGGCAGGCUCCUGCAGUGGUGGAAAUCUGUGUGCAGGCCGGUGCAACUGUACCGGAUCAAUACAAGCCAACAAUGAGGUUAGAUAUUGGAAUCCCAUCCAGUGUCAAAGAAGCUGAAAUGGUUGUUUGAGUAGCUAUUGAAAUGAAAUGAUAUACAAUGCAAGCUCACAUUUUUCAAAGAUGGUAGCAGUCAUGGUGAUGGUUCUUCGAUUACAUAAUUAAACUAUGAACCAAAUUACGAGGAAAGAAUCAUGGUGUAUCUAUGUUGGGACGAGCAUACAGUAAACCACGAUUUUCGCUUGCUCUGGUUUCGUCUCUCCUGCAAACGGCCUGCAGGGGUUAAGCAGAACCAUGCUCCUGAUUUGUAAACUGGAACUUCACAGGCUUAUAUACGUUAAAUAUUUCUUAUUUUCAUUAUUGUACCAAUUUAGCCCUCGGGACUUUGCAUGUGCAUUAAAGAGUUUGAAUAUAUAUUGACGAUGAAUGUAUACUCAGUUGUACAAAAACAAAAUGCCAUGUUGACACAUUAUGGGCAGAUCUGAGCUGCGUUUAUUUUAAAUACAGAAUAAUUUAAGUUUAGUUUGAAUUUUU